GUCACUGACAACUGGUCUUGUCAGGUCUUGUCUUAUAGGAUUAAAUCAGCUGAUUUUGAAAUUUUAGUUCUGUUAGCUUUGGUUUUGUUUAUGUACCUAACAAAUUGCUUAUAUUCGAUACCUAUACCGUUCUGUUAUUUGCAUAUUAAAACAACAUAUUAUGUUUGGCUCUCUUCGUACAAUUCCAAAAUUGCUAUACACUGUGCGGUUUCGGGUACAUGCGGCAGCGUUUUCUAAUGAAUCUUCCUCGCCGAACCAAGAAGCGGAGACACAUUUUGGAUUUGAAACCGUGAAAGAAAGUGAAAAGUGGCGAAAAGUUCAUAAAGUAUUCGAAGAAGUAGCUUUGUCUUAUGAUUUAAUGAACGAUGCAAUGUCACUAGGAAUUCAUCGAAUUUGGAAAGAUAUAUUGAUAGAAAGGCUUGCCCCAAUCGAGGGUGGCAACAAACUGCUAGAUAUGGCUGGUGGAACUGGUGAUAUUGCUUUUCGCUAUAUUAAAUAUUUGAACAACUUACCAAAUGUUACUGGGCAGGCGAAUAAUCACGUAACUGUGUCGGAUAUCAAUCAAAAUAUGUUAGAUGUUGGGAAAGAACGGUUUAAAAAUAUGAAUUUUGUUCAAAAUCAAUGCACUAUUGAUUGGAUUUGUGCGGAUGCCGAGAAUCUUCCGUUUGAUGAUAAUUCAUACACAGCUUAUACUAUAGCUUUCGGCAUACGAAAUGUUACCCACAUAGAUAAGGUGCUAUCAGAAGCACAUCGAAUCUUACGUCCGGGCGGUCGGUUUCUUUGCCUGGAAUUCAGUCACAUCUCUAACGAUUAUCUCAGAUGGUUGUAUGAUCAGUACUCAUUUCAAGUAAUUCCUCCUAUGGGUCAAAUAUUAGCAAGUCAGUGGCAGCCGUAUCAAUACUUGGUUGAAAGCAUACGCAAGUUUCCGAAACAGGAGGAAUUCAAAACGUUGAUAAGAGAAGCGGGAUUCAAGUGUGUAGAAUAUGAGAAUCUUACUGCAGGUGUUUGCGCCAUACAUUCUGGAUUCAAGUUAUAAAAUGAAUUAUUACCAUGUACAAACGAUCCAUAUUUUACAUAAACUCGAAAUACUGUAAAUUUAAA